GCCGGGGCCGAGACGCCGCGCGGAGCCCCGAGGCGCGGGGGGAGGGCACGGGGAGCGACAGGAGCCCCGUGGGGACCCCGAGCUGCCGACCGCCCCUGGGCUUCGAGGAGCGGGGGGCGCACCCAGACAAGAGCAGGCUCGGCGCUUCCACCCCAGUGCAGCCUUCCCCUGGCGGUGGUGAAAGAGACUCGGGAGUCGUUGCUUCCAAAGUGCCCGCCGUGAGUGAGUUCUCGCCCCAGUCAGCCAAAUGCUCCUCUUCGGGCUUCUCCUGCUGACAUCUGCCCUGGGCGGCCAGAGACACGGGACUCAGGCUGAGUCCAACCUGAGUAGUAAAUUCCAGUUCUCCAGCAACAAGGAACAGAACGCUCAAGUAAACACCUAUCACAGAGUUGUUGAUGGAGUAAGGCCUCACCUCUCUGUGUCCCUGGGAGGAACUAUACCCAAGCAUCUGGACUGGCAUAGAAAAGAGGAGAAAGAACAUUUAAAAGGAGUACAAGAUUCCCAGCAUGAGAGAAUUAUUGCUGUGUCUUCUAAUGGAACUAUUCACAGCCCGAGGUUUCCUCAUACUUAUCCAAGAAAUAUGGUCCUGGUGUGGAGAUUAGUAGCAGUAGAGGAAAAUGUAUGGAUACAGCUUACAUUUGAUGAAAGAUUUGGGCUUGAAGACCCAGAAGAUGACAUAUGCAAGUAUGAUUUUGUAGAAGUUGAGGAACCCAGUGAUGGAACUAUAUUAGGGCGCUGGUGUGGUUCUGGUACUGUGCCAGGAAAGCAGAUUUCCAAAGGAAAUCAAAUAAGGAUAAGAUUUGUAUCUGAUGAAUAUUUUCCUUCUGAACCGGGGUUCUGCAUCCACUACAACAUUGUCAUACCCCAAAUCACAGAAGCUGUGAGUCCUUCAGUGUUACCCCCUUCAGCCUUGCCACUGGAUCUGCUUAACAACGCUGUCACUGCCUUCAGCACCUUGGAAGACCUCAUCCGGUAUCUUGAACCAGAUAGAUGGCAGUUGGACUUAGAAGAUCUAUACAGACCAACUUGGCAACUUCUUGGCAAGGCUUUUGUUUUUGGAAGAAAAUCCAGAGUGGUGGAUCUGAACCUUCUAAAAGAGGAGGUAAGAUUAUACAGCUGCACACCUCGUAACUUCUCAGUGUCCAUAAGGGAAGAACUAAAGAGAACCGAUACCAUUUUCUGGCCAGGUUGCCUCCUGGUUAAGCGCUGCGGUGGAAACUGCGCCUGCUGUCUUCACAAUUGCAACGAGUGUCAAUGUGUCCCAAGCAAAGUCACUAAAAAAUACCAUGAGGUCCUUCAGCUGAGACCAAAGAAUGGUGUCCGGGGAUUGCAUAAAUCUCUCACUGACGUGGCCCUGGAGCACCAUGAGGAGUGUGACUGUGUAUGCAGAGGGAACACGGGAGGAUAACCCCUUCCCCACGUGCAGCCCUCUCCCUGAGCAGCCCAGCUCAGUGGCUGAUUCUGUUAGAGAAUUUACGCAUUAUCUCCAUCCAUAAUCUCAGUUGUUUGCUUCAGGGACCUUUUGUCUUCAGGAUUUACAGUGUGUUCUAGAAGAGGAGACACCAAACGGAAUUAGAACUUGUGCGACAGCUCUUUUGAGAGGAGGCCCAAAUGACAGGAGAAAAGGUCUUUGGUCGUGGACAAAAGAAAUAAUUAAACAUUGUAGAUCACUAGCUAUUCCCAGAGUAUCAACAUGUACUUACUCAGCUAGCUGUGUUCUAUAUUUCAGUUGUCUUGAUAUGGUUUAGGUUGAUGUCAGUGCAGGAAAAAACUGCAAAUGAGCACCUGAUUCUGUUGCCUUGCUUAACUCUAAAGCUCCAUGUUCUGGGCCUAAAAAAAUCACAGAAAUCUGGAAUUUUUUUCUUGCAUUCACAUAUAUAAACCAGAGUGUUCUAUGUUCUACAGACUUGGCUUUUAAAAAGGAACUAUGUUGCAAUGGAUUAAGUUUGUGUCAUGAUGAUAGGAAAGACUGGAUUUUCCAUAUUUCUUACUAAAAUUUCUACCGGUGGAAAGAAGAGAACUUACAUUUACGGUUUGGAAGAGACCAGCCGGAAAGGACGAGUGGCCUUAUCUUCACUUUAUCUUUAAGUUGGUUUACUUGUUUUAUUGUGUACAUUUUUAUAUUCUCCUUUUGACAUUAUAUCUGUUUGCUUUUCUAAUCUUGUUAAAUAUAUCUAUUUUUACCAAAGGUAUUUAAUAUUCUUUUUUAUGACAACCUAGAUCAACUAUUUUUAGCUUGUUAAAUUUUUCUAAACAGAAUUGUUAUAGCCAGAGGAACAAAGAUGAUAUAAAAUAUUGUUGCUCUGACAAAAAAAAAGAAAAAUACAUUUCAUGUAUUUCAUUCUUGUAUGGUGCUGGAACUUAAACUACUCUGCAUUUUAAAAUACUGAAGUGGGAAAUCAAUAGAAUUUGGUAUGUUGCAAAGACUUUUUGAAAGUAAAUGAUCACAUCUUCCACCUCUCUAUUGGAGAUGCAAAUAGAAAGCAACAUGUUUAAAGUAAUCAUUCAGAUAUGGUCAUUACUAACCCCUAAUCUUUCUUUUGGAAAAUGUGAGCCUAGCUCAGAAGAAUAUAAAGCACCUUGAAAAAAAGAGACUUGACAGCUUCCUGACAAAGCAUGCUCUGCUGUCCUGUAGGAACACAUCCUAUUUAUUGUGAUGCUCUGGUUUUAUUCUCUUUAAACUCUGUUCCAUACACUUGUAUAAAUACAUGGGUAUUUUUAUGUACAGAAGUAUAUCCUUUAACCAAUUCACUUAUCAUACUCUUUGGCAAUUGGAAAGAAAAUCAGUAAAAUACUUUGCUUGUAAAAUGCUUAAUAUUGUGCCUAGGUUAUGUGGUGAUGAUUUGAAUUAAAAAUGUUUUGAAUCACCAAAUAAAAGAAUGAGGCUAUUUUGGGGAGAAA